AUGAACGAACCAGAUCUAAGUUUUAUAAAAUCGGACAUAGAUCUUUCGCAGGUCGCACCGCUCAAUCGACGUCGUGUUGUUGCGUUCGUGAAUUGCUACCUUUACAAGAUGAUCGACUUCCUCAAUGCUUUUGCAAAUCGCGCAGAACGAGCAAUACUUGAAGCAGAACGGCAACUUCGAGCAGCUGAUAUUAAAUUACAACUAUUGGAGGCGAAGUUAGCGUCAAUACCUGAUUCGACUCUCGAUGCGGCGGAAUUGCAGUCGGAGCGCUCAAAGCAGAUGGCUGCUCCCUCGCAGACUCCUCCAGUUGGGAAUGAGCCGAAGGCCGAGUCUUUACAGAAUCCAGAUGUGAAGGAAAACUCACAAGCUGCUGCACCUCCAGCGGCAAUUGAAGCCGUUCGAUCAGAGGCAGCCAGGCAUGAAACCAGCACAACUGCGCCUCAUGUACUCCUUGUCAAGGACGACCCCGCUUUCGCAAAAUAUUUCAAGAUGUUGAAAAUGCCAUCCCAAUGCACCUUCACCAAAUGCCACCAAUUCAUCACUCCUACGGGACGAGCCAACUGA